AUGAAGACACUCUUGUUCAUUCCACUCCUGCUAAUCAGCAGUGUAACUGCUCUCACAUUACCUACCGAGGAAACUCGACGAGACACCUCUACCUAUUACUCUAUCGGUGAAAACGAGCUCGGUACCGUUUAUUCCACCAUCAAACCCACCGAGAAACGACAAGAUUCUGAAUGGUACGCAAUCAGCACCAACGAACACGGAACCGUAUAUUCCAGCAUCAAACCUUCAUCCGUGAAGCGCGAUGAAUCUGGAGUAUCCAGUCUAGCCGACUACCAAGAUUGGAUGGCCAAGCAAGGCUUGACUUCUCGAGAACUAUCUGAAGUAGAAAAACGUCUCACAAAUUACGAGGCAUUGUACAAUUGCAUGGCGCUUUGUGGAACGAGACUUGCGGCUGCGACUGGCGAUACCAUGAGCUAUCGCGUUCAAUAG